UCGGUUCUUAUCAAGAUAUGAAGAAAAGAAAAAGUAAUACAAGUUUAGAUGAGGAUAAACAUCUAAAAUCAAGUCGAAUUACAUCUUUUGGCCCAAGCUGACCCAAAUCUUUGGUGCCAAGCCAAACUUGGCACCCAAACUUGACACACUUUGACUCCUGGAGUCACUCGGUUCAGCCUGCGUGAGACAGUUUGAAGCCCCCUCUCCGCAUUCCUCAGCCGGAGACUUUUGUCCCUACAUCGGGAUUUAGGUCGGCACCAAUUCAAUGCCUUGUUUUGUGGCGUUUGAAGGAUGUCCAAUGUCCUGUGUUGGCACAAUCACGCCAUGCUUGUUACCAUGGAGAACGGUAGGCAAGCUCGAAUUCCUCCACGCGUGUUCCCAGAGCAAACCGCAAACCUCCCCUUUCUCUGAGGGAGGGGCCUGGAAGGUAACCUCCGGUCACUCCUGUCUGUCUCUCUCUCUGGAAAAGCCGGGGGGUACAAACUCAGAUCAGCUUUAACCCUCUGCUCUCCCUCCCCUGUACCUGCUGACCGUGCAAAAGAAACACAAUUCCCAUCCCAAAGAGGUUAAUCCCGCUCCUUUGACUCCUCCCCGUGUGGUCAUUCUCCGCGUUAUGAAUCGCGCCACCUCGGCUUCUCCUUAAAAGUGGGAGGGUUGCGCCAGUCAGCGCCAGAAGGCUGCCAGGAGCUGUCUCCGUUACGCGUGGUGCUGAAGGGCCACCCGCCGCAUCAUGUGGUCGGUUUUCUUUGUCUUCCUGUCUUACCUGGACAGAAACGCGGUCAGGGGGGACCUCCUGAGCCACGCGUUGGACGCGGAGAAGGAAAGCAAGGAGAUGUUCUCCAUGAUCAACGGCACCUUCUGCGCAAAGGUGUCCCUAAUAGGGGAGAACGUCCUCUACCAGGUGUCCGAUGGAGCCGAGGUAGUCCGCACCGUGGUGAGCCCCGCCGGGAGGCUGGUGAACUGCUCGGUCGUUGUGAACCAGAUGGAGGUGAAGUCGUUCGUGUAUGAGUGCAGGCUGGGACUGAAGGAGCAGCGCGCCGGGCAGCGGCUAGAGGCGCGUUUUUUGCGCAUGGAUGAAGCCAAGGUGAUGUGCCGGGAGUUCAGGGAGGGAUCAGAGCGCAGCGGCCCAGCCGGAGUGGACGGGAGAAGUGCGGGGAGAGAGCAGGAGAAGGCUCUGAAAAGAUCCAAAAGGGGCUUCACCUACCCGGGGACGCUGUGGUGCGGAGCCGGGAACAUGGCGGACAACUACAACCAGCUGGGAGAGUUUGCAGAGACGGACAGCUGCUGCAGGGUUCAUGACCACUGCCCUCAUGUCAUCCAUGCCUUCUCAUCAAACUACGGAUACACCAAUUUCAAGUGGCACUCCAUCUGCCACUGUGACUGUGAUAAUGAUUUGAAAACGUGUCUGAGAAAAGUCAACGACACAUCCUCCAGGGUCGUCGGCCAGGCAUUUUUCAACGUCAUUGGGGUUCCCUGCUUUGACUUUGCCUAUGAGGAGCAGUGUGCUGAGCGACACUGGUAUGGCCUGUGUAAACGAUACGAGAAGUUCCCCAUCGCCGUGCUGAGAGAAGCGGUGCCAUAUGACUACGGAGGUAUCGAUGUCAUAGAUGAGCUGACGUUGGCUCCGCCCAAGCGGGAAGACUCCAAGAAGAGCAACGAGGAAGAGCAGCGCGAGAGUCCGACUCAGAGCACGAUAUCGGAACCGUCGCUGAAAAAUGUCGUCACGGCUGCCGAGGACUUCAUCAAGGUGCUCGCCACCGUCUCCACGUCUCAAAGCUCCAACGCCGACUUUGACAAGGAGGAGACGCACACCUCGGAGAAAAGGAAGAGGAAGAAGACUGGGAAGAAAAAGAAAGCCAAUAAAAAGCACAAAGGGAAAGGAAAGGGCAGGAAGAGAAAGGAGAAAACGGAGGCAGGUGUGAAAGCAGAGGAAGGGGCUGUGGUUCCACCUCCUGGCAGCAAGGCAGACGAUGUCUUGGCAUUGAGCAAUUUCAUCAGUGAGUCCAACAAACAUGACUGGUCAAGGAUAAACGAUAACAGGGUUGACGACAGUGAAUUUGAGCUUAGGAGGACAGGCGAGCCCUCCAAUGAAGUCAUGAAAGAUGAACCUGCCCAUGAUAAGGAGACAGUUUCCAUUACGUCACCUGUGAAGGUUCAGGCUGGGUCAGAAACUGAGGAGAUGGAAGUCCCUCUGUCGGUUAGCCAGACUCCACACAAAACAAAAACCAAAGGACAAAGAAAGGGUGGCGGAAAGAAAAGCAAGAAAUCCUCGGCUCCUUCUUAUCCGGAAGACCUUAGGCUAAACUCAGUAGACUCCGUUCCAACCAUUAUUGAUUUACUGCCAACUGCGGGACCGCAACCACAUAGCUCCACUAUUACAAGCACUACCAGUGUUCCUAUUGUAGUCCUGAAAGUGCAAAGGGACAGGUCAAAGGAGAGAGGAGACAAAGAGAGGAGGAAGAAAGUAAAGAACGUCAGCUCUGACGCUCCCAUUGUGCCUUCAGACCCACACAAUUCCUCUCGGGUAAGGCUACCAGCGUUUCCUCGCACCGGGUCUCCCACCAUGGCACCGGUCCCUGCCACAGAGCCGCCGCUUUUAAACGCGUCAUUUUACAAACCGGACAGACAGGUUACGGCUCCCGGCUCUAACUUUACCGCCUUGAAAAGGCGAAGGUCAAAGGAAAGGGAGCAGCGGAAAAAAAGGAGGAGGAAAACAGCCAUUCUUCUCUCCAGUCAAAACCUUCUUUUUUCCCACAGCGGCCCUGAAAACGUGAACCCUGUUCUCACAACUCCCCACACCCUCGUCGCAGGGAAUGGCCCCGUGAGCGCUUCUGCGCCGCACGACACAGAAACCCACAAUGAAUGGAGGCUUUUCACAACAGCCACCCCCACCGUGAGCACAACUCUCUACGUGCGCCCGAGCAAACAGCAGAAGAAAUCCACCCUGAAGCAAAACGAGCCAGAGACACUACCAAUCUCCCCGACAGGGGUCAGAACCACAAAGCCCUGGAUGACCACCUCCGCAGUUCCAUCCAUGAGUCCAUUCCAGUUCUCCAUUGAGAGGGCAAGAGCACAGUUUAACCGGAAGAAAAGGAGGAAGGCGUUGAUGUCGAGGCGACGACAGUAGGUCACCUCCUGCAGACGCAGCUGGACUAGACUAGGAAAGCAUUAGCUGACAAGUCCGGCAACCAAAUUUCACUUUACUGCUUUAAAGAAUCAAAUCAUACAAUCACCGAUUGUUCCGUGAUAAUAAUCUUUUUUCAGUAUUUUGUUGCGCAUGUCAGUAAUAAAGUUUCUACAUGAUUAUUA